AAACUCACUAUGUUCUGUCUUUGACAUAUAAGCAUAUAUAGCAGAGCAGGUUUCACAACCCAAACAACUACUUACCCCUCCAGUUCCUAUAGCUCAAAAUCUUUUCUAUCUCUACCUUUUAAUAUCAGCUUCCAACUUGAAAUUUGGAUAAAGAAACUGCUAUGGAGAAAACUGCAAAAAUAAAGCAUUCAAAGGAUAAUGAUGAUGAUAAGCAUCACACUAACGAAGAGCAUGAGAGCAUAAUCCUAAACCCUAACUUUGAAGACGGCCUCAACAACUGGAGUGGAAGAGGGUGCAAGGCUAUCUUACAUCAGUCCAUGGAUGGAGGGAGAAUCGUUCCACUAUCGGGACACUUUUUCGCAGCAGCAACAGAGCGUAAAGCUACAUGGAAUGGGAUUCAACAGGAGAUUUCUGGAAGAUUCCAGAGGAAGCGUGUCUACGAAGUAACAGCAUUAGUUCGAAUAAUUGGCAACAAUGUCACGAGUGCAACAGUACAGGCGACUCUUUGGGUCUUAAACGCAAACCAACGUGAACAAUACAUAGGCAUUGCAAAUCUGCAGGCGACUAAUAAAGAUUGGGUAGAGCUGAGGGGUAAAUUUGUAAUCCAUGGUUCGCCAUCGAGGGUAAUACUAUUCCUUGAAGGUCCACCUCCAGGAACUGACAUUCUUCUCAACACUUUAGUUGUCAAACAUGCUCGAAGGAAUCGCCCGUCGCCUCCACCCUUCUACGAGAAUCCCAGUUUCGGAGUCAAUAUAGUCGAAAACAGUGAAGUGAAAGAUGGGGCGACUCAACCAUGGUUCACCCUAGGAAACUGCAAGUUGAGUGUUGGACAAGGCGCCCCUCGCACUCUGCCCCCAAUGGCGAGAGACACACUGGGUCUUCACGAACCUCUUGGCGGAAACUACAUACAUGUGAAAAGAACGCAGACUUGGAUGGGUCCGGCUCAGAUGUUAACUGAUAAGCUCAAAAUUUUCUUGACAUAUCAAAUCUCAGCAUGGGUCAAGAUUGGUGUGGGCGUGAGUAGUGGUAUGAGUCCUCAGAAUGUGAACAUUUCACUUAGCGUCGAUAACCAAUGGGUCAAUGGAGGACAAGUUGAGGUCAUCAUUGGCGACACAUGGCAUGAAAUCGGUGGAUCCUUUAGGCUUGAGAAGCAGCCGCAAAACGUUAUGGUUUAUGUUCAAGGUCCCGCAGCUGGCAUUGAUUUGAUGAUCUCGGCAUUGCAGAUUUUCCCAGUGGAUCGUCGAGAACGUCUCAGAUGUCUCAGAAAUAAAGUUGAUCAGGUACGUAAGCGCGACAUCGUCUUAAAGUUUUCAGGACUAGACGACUCCUGCGAUUUGUUUCCGUACAUAGUGAAGGUUAAACAAACAUACAACAGUUUCCCAGUUGGAACAUGCAUUAACAGAACAGACAUAGACAACGAAGACUUUGUAGAUUUCUUCACAAAGAACUUCAACUGGGCAGUUUUCGGAAACGAGCUGAAAUGGUACUGGACAGAGGCCGAACGCGGGAAGCUCAGUUACCAAGAUGCAGACGACUUGUUAGAUCUAUGUAUCGGCAAUAACAUCAACGUUAGAGGACACUGCAUUUUCUGGGAAGUUGAGUCCACGGUUCAGCAGUGGGUUCGUCAGCUGAACAAAACCGAGCUGAUGAAUGCGGUCCAGAAGCGACUCACAGAUGUCCUAACACGAUACAAAGGUAAAUUCAAGCACUACGACGUAAACAAUGAGAUGCUUCAUGGUUCCUUCUACCAAGAUAGGCUUGGAAAAGGUGUAAGAGCAUUGAUGUUCAACAUUGCACGCAAGCUUGAUCCAUCUGCUUUGCUCUUUGUGAAUGAUUACCAUGUCGAGGACGGCAAUGACCCACAAUCAUCCCCGGAGAAGUAUAUCAAACUUGUUCUUGAUUUAGAAGCACAAGGAGCAGCCAUAGGAGGGAUUGGGAUCCAAGGACACAUAGAUAGUCCUGUUGGAGCCAUAGUUUGUUCUGCUCUUGAUAAGCUCUCUGUUCUUGGUCAUCCAAUCUGGUUCACAGAACUUGACGUCUCUUCUAGCAAUGAGUACGUUAGAGGAGAAGAUCUUGAAGUCAUGAUGUGGGAAGCAUUUGCGCACCCUGCUGUUGAAGGAAUUAUGUUAUGGGGUUUCUGGGAGCUAUCUAUGAGUAGGGAGAACUCAAAUUUGGUGGAGGGAGAGGGAGAAGUAAAUGAAGCCGGAAAAAGAUUUAUGGAGGUGAAACAAGAAUGGUUAUCUCAUGCCUAUGGGGUCAUCAAUGAUGAAUCCGAGUUCAUAUUCAGAGGCUAUCAUGGGACUUACGCCAUCGAAGUUUGUACUCCGGCUGGCGUUGUUCUUCAAACGUUCAUCGUCGAAAAAGGAGACUCUCCAUUUAUACUCUCUAUUGAUCUAUCUUCUUUGUGAUGUUUAUGUUUCUUUUCCCUCUUUUUCCAUUGUUUCUCUUAUAUAUGUUGGGGAUUUGUUCUACGUGGAGCACGUAACAUAUGUAAACAUAUUAUGUUAUGUUUUGUUUUUGAUUGUCUAGUAAAACUGCAAUAAAAGCAUGUAAUUAU